UACUGUAUAUCUGAUGUGGGAAUCAGUUGUAUACUGAGGUUAAAUCUCAAGAAUAGGCAUAUUUUAUGUAAUUUUCAUCCAAAUUUGACGACGCAGAUAACGAGUAUUUUUAUGGAUUGGCCCAUCGGUUUUUACAUAGACUUAUGUGCCCUGAUGUUCUCUAUCCAACGGUUAAAACCGCAGCUCUCUAUGACUUUCCCUUCAAAAGUUAUAAAAAUUCUGCCCAAGCGACUUAUUUUCAGAAAUGGAUAAUAGACAUAGGCAAAUCAGUUCUAACAAUCAAUAAUAAAUCAAAAAGAGAGAUUUUAAUUUCUGGUCGAAUCCUGAAUGAAGAAUUCUGUUGUUUUUUCUUUAGAAAACGUAAAGAUUUUCAAUUAAUUCCAAUUCUUGUUGGUUCACUCGAUUCAUCAAAAUUAGAAAAAUAUGGUCAAUUAUUAGCAUCUUAUUUAUGUGAUUCAAAAAAUUUAUUUGUUAUCUCAUCCGAUUUUUGUCAUUGGGGUCGACGGUUUUCCUAUACACCACAUAAUCCUGCUGAUGGUGAAAUCUGGCAGUAUAUUGAAAAGUUAGAUCAUAAAGGAAUGGAAUUGAUUGAAAAAUUAAAUUUACCCGAUUUUCAUACUUAUCUUCGUUCAACAGAUAAUACAAUAUGUGGUCGAUAUCCAAUAAGUCUUUUACUUGCGACAAUUGAACAAAGUAAAAAGGUUGUUCCAUCAAGUCAAUUACCGAAAUUCUCUCUGCAAUUUGUCAAAUAUGCUCAAUCAAGUCAUGUGAAAAAGUCGAAUGAUUCGAGUGUUAGUUAUGCAUCUGCUGUUCUAACUGUUGUUGGCUAA